GCUGCUGCUGGUGAGUAACCGCUCGGGGGGGGAGAGACGCGGAACGGGCGCCGUAGGGCCAUGUUGCCCCGAGUGUAGCUGCUGCAGCUCCGUCACCACCACCAUGAUCAUAGAGAACGUGGACGCGCUCAAGUCCUGGCUGGCCAAGUUACUGGAGCCGAUAUGUGAUGCUGAUCCAUCAGCCUUGGCAAACUAUGUUGUGGCAUUGGUCAAGAAAGACAAACCAGAGAAAGAACUGAAGGCUUUCUGUGCUGAUCAGCUGGAUGUUUUUCUACAAAAAGAAACAUCAGGUUUUGUUGACAAACUCUUUGAGAGCCUGUAUACCAAGGAUUACCUUGCUCCCAAUGAACCAGCAAAACCAGAGUUGAAGCCUGCAGGCCAGGGAAAAGAAGAAAUCAAAGAGGAGAGGAAAGGAUCACCCUGCAGCCACCCUCCAUCUUCAUUUCCUAUAUGUGGGAGCGCAUGUGUGGCCCAGAGGCAUUUGUGGGGAAUGAAGAUGACAAUGACUGGAGGCCCUCACUUUGCUUUGAAGCAAUCCCAGAUGCUGACAUUUCAGGAAACUUUUGAGGAAGAGCGAGAGGGCAAAAAGAAAAAAUAUACUAGCCCACUGAAGACGCGUUCAGAUUCUAAUGAACAAAGAACUAGAGAAAGAAAAAGAGAUGAUGGCAAAUGGAGAGACUAUGAUAGAUACUAUGACCGGAACGAUGUGUACAGAGACAAAUAUGACUGGCGAAGGGGAAGAAGUAAAAGUCGUAGUAAAAGCAGAGGGCUAAGCCGGAGUCGUAGCCGCAGCAGAGGUAGAAGCAAAGACCAAGAUGCAAACAAAGAUAGGGAUGCAAAUAGAAAUGUUGAGCACAGAGAGCGAGCCAAAUUCAAGUGUGAAAGGAGUGACAUGGAGAGCUCAUAUAAUCCAGUGUCUUUGUCUUCCGUUAAUUCUACUGAGCAGUAUUCCUCUGGAGCACAGUGUAUUCCCAGUGCUGUUACUGUGAUUGCACCUGCUCACCAUCCUGAAAACACAACAGAAAGCUGGUCAAAUUACUACAGUAAUCAUUCUGUUCCUAAUUCAUUUGUCAGGAGUGCCCCACCAAAACAACGUUGUCGAGAUUAUGAUGAACGAGGGUUUUGUGUACUUGGUGACCUCUGUCAGUUUGAUCAUGGAAAUGACCCACUAGUUGUUGAUGAAGUAUCUUUGCCAAGUAUGAUUCCUUUUCCUCCACCACCUCCAGGACUUCCUCCUCCUGGAAUGCUAAUGCCCCCUACACGAGGCCCAGCUCACAACAUGAGAAUGCCAGGCCCUCAAGUACAUCCUCGACCACCACCACCUGUUAGAAUUCCUAUACCAAGGCCUCCUUUAUCCCAGUCAAGUUUAAUCAACAGCCGUGAUCAGCCAGGAACAACUCCAGUGCCCAGCCUUGCACCAGUGGGAGCAAGACUACCUCCUCCACUACCCCAAAACCUUCUAUAUUCAGUAUCAGAACAUACGUAUGAACCAGAUGGUUAUAAUCCAGAAGCUCCUAGUAUUACCAGUACAGGCAGAUCUCAGUAUCGCCAGUUCUUUUCAAGGACACCAAUGCAACGGCCAAAUCUUAUUGGCCUAACUUCUGGUGAUAUGGAUACAAACCCAAGAGCUGCUAAUAUUAUAAUUCAGACUGAGCCUCCAGUAGGCAUUGCAAGUAACAGCAGUAAUGUAUCCAGAGUGGUGCUUGAGCCAGACAACAGGAAGAGACUUUCAAACACUGUAGAAGGGCCAUCUCCAAAGAAACCCUGGAUUACAAAACAAGCUAAUAACCAGAAUAAGCCAGGAUUCUUGAAGAAAAACCAGUAUACAAAUACCAAGUUGGAAGUUCGUAAAAUACCACCAGAACUAAACAAUAUUACUCAACUUAAUGAACAUUUCAGCAAAUUUGGAACAAUUGUCAACAUUCAGGUUGCCUUCAAGAACGAUCCUGAAGCAGCUCUGAUUCAGUACUUAACAAAUGAUGAAGCCAGAAAAGCGAUUUCUAGCACAGAAGCAGUGUUGAACAAUCGAUUUAUACGAGUGCUGUGGCACCGAGAAAACAGCGAGCAGCAGCCCUUACAGCCAUCCCAGCAACAACAGCAGCAGACACCAGCUCCUCUUCAUCAUCAGCUUCACCUGCAGCAGCAAUUACUGACACAGACUCCACCUGUAACGGCACACAGCAAUAUGCCAAAGGUCACUAAACCAUUGACAUCAGGUUCCUAUGUCCUUAACAAGUCCUUAGUUAAACAUCGUCUUGGAGCAACAGGUGGAAAUCAACCAGAGUCUCAACAUUCAUUGCCCAGCCAGUCCACUGCUUCUACAGAGGAUGCUCAGAUAUUUCCCACUUCUACUAGCCAUACAAAGAUGGUUUAUAGUUCUUCCAGUUUAAAGUCUUCCAUAAAACCUAGUGCAGCAAAUAAAUCUCAUGAUGUCCAAGAAGUUCUUAAAAAGAAACAUGAAGCGAUGAAAUUACAACAAGAUAUGAGGAAGAAAAAGCAGGAAAUGCUCGAGAAACAAAUAGAAUGUCAAAAGAUGUUAAUAUCAAAAUUGGAAAAGAAAACUAUGAAACCAGAGGAAAGGGCAGAGCUCAUGAAGACACUGAAAGAGCUUACAGUAAAAAUCUCUCAAUUGAAAGAUGAAUUAAAAACUUCAUCUGCUACUUCUACAUCGAAGCUAAAGUCCAAAACAGAGGCACAAAAGGAACUACUUGAUGCAGAACUGGAUUUCCAUAAAAGACUGUCAUCAGGGGAAGAUACAACAGAAUUAAGGAAAAAGCUCACCCAGUUACAAGUGGAGGCUGCCCGUUUAGGUAUCCUGCCUGUUGGUCAUGGAAAAGCAGUCUCUGCUCAAAGCAGAGGGAGAGGACGAGGUCGUGGAGGAAGAGGGAGAGGAAUAGUGAAUCACAUGGUAGUGGACCACCGUCCCAAAGCACUAACAAUUGGGGGAUUUGCAGAAGAAGAAAAAGAUGAAUUGCUGCGGCACUUUUCAAAAUUUGGAGAUAUUGAAGGCCUUCAAGAAGAGGAUUUUCCUUUAAGUGUUGUUCUGACAUUUAAGUCCCGCUCAGAAGCUGAAAAUGCUGCCAACCAAGGGUUAAAGUUCAAAGAUCGACGACUUCAGAUAUCAUGGCAUAAACCCAAGGUACCCUCUGUAUCCACAGAAACUGAGGAAGAAGAACCCAAGGAAGAGGAGACAGAAACUUCAGACUUGAUUUUGCCUGAAGAUGAUGAUGAUGACGACGAAGAUGAAGAUGAAUCUCGCUCCUGGAGAAGAUGAAACUUGAAGUGAAAUCAUAUAGUUUUAGAAUUGUUUGAACUAAAACUUUUUAAAAUUAUUUAAAGGAAGUCAAUGAGCCAAAAAAUUGUUUUCGUUUUCUUUUCUUUUGUUUUUUUCAUAUACGCAAGAGAGCAAGUGUGAGUUUGGUAUAGAAACUUGACAGAUAAGUAGCCACAAUCCGCCAAAGGCCCAACACUUACACAGAGUUAUAAAGAUGGUUGUGAUCUUCUAAAGAUGAAAUGUAUCGGCCCAACUUGUCUCAGUUCUGUUUUUAAAUUACCAUUUGUUUUAUUAAGAUAUGAAUUACUUUGCAGACUUUAUUUUGUAAUGUGGAGUCUGAGAUGAGAGCUAUAGGUCAAAUUACUUACAUGUCAACAUUGUCUGCAGUUUGCUGAUUCAAAAGUCCAUUCAUUCAGUGACAGUUAAGUAGAUUAAAUAAGUUUAACUUUUAAGUUUAAAAACUGUCAAGAACUGUGCAUAAUGUUGGUGGAAGAGGACAUUUUUCCUGCAUUCUGCUGUCUGAAGUCUGUCAGAAUUAUAGUGCAACCCUGCUUAAGUCAUAUAUUUAAAAGAGGCCUUGCCAGCAUGUAUGGUAGUCAGUUCUGUCAUAUUUUUAUUCUUUUCAGUCUUCAGUCUUCAAACCAAGUUAUUUUGGGAUGCAGUUGACCAACAGCUAUUGCUGUGAAUUCCACAUUUCUUUCAGUGGAGCCCUGCACAAAAACUAUUAAAAUGAGUGCAGCCAUAGUGCUUGAUGAACAGCCAGAACUAGUGAACAUGUGUUCAUCCUUUUUAAUAUACCCUACCAUUAGGACUCAUCCUCUGUGGUUAAAUCAGCUAUUUUUAUUUUAGGCUGAACCUAUACAGUAUUCAAGCCAUUUAUUCUCUCUUUAACCCAAGAAGUCCCAAAGCUAAAGCAAUCUCAUUGUAAAACAAUAAGUGCUAAACUAGCAUUUAUUUAUAUAUGGCAAGUGCUUAAUUCUGUGCAAAUCAUCUUUCAUAAAAUGAAGAGACAAAACACUUUGCCUGCACAUUGUUUGAUUUAAUAUUCUCUCCCAACCCUUUUUAUAGCAGCAAAUCAUAACUGGUUUGGACUUGAUAGAAACCACAUUUAAUAUGCUUUGAUUUACCAGAGCAAUAGAUCUUCAUAGCUCAUAUGUCUCCUGCUGCAGUUAAGCCUCGACGUAUUAUGCUAUGUAUGUCUUUUCACUCUUAGUGCCUCUGUACUGUACCCCUAGACAGUAGCAACAUGUUGUAUAAGAAGAUACGUUACCCAACUGCAUUCUGGAUGUUAAUAUCAGAGAAGCUGAGCAGACAUUACUGUAUCAACACUUGUGGUACUAAAAUACUACUGCAAGCCAACAGAAAUAAUUAACAUUUUUAAAAAUAUUCAAAUAUACUGAUACUUGAGUCACUGGAAGUAUCUAGUAUAUCAAAUUAGAUCUUGGCUUGCAACAUGAAGUUAAGCACUCUUUUCCUCCUCCUCAUUUUGGGUACUCUUGUGUGCAUUGAGGUAUGUAAUAAUCCAAACAAAUUCCACUCUUAUUUGGGGAGGAGUGUAACUUGACAAUGGUUUUUUGCCCUUUUCAUGUAAGCCUUCAUAUUCUAGAUUAUUGCUACAUUCCUACUAACUUUGAAUCUCAGUGAAUUAAUUUAUAAGAAAAAAAGCACGAAUAUUGCACACCCUAGCAGGCAAAGCCUUGCUCUUCCCUCAUUGCUUGUAAUGACUUUGGAAUGCCCAUGGCUCCAUAUGUACUGACCAUCACAUAUACUGACCCAUUGCAGCAAAAUGCUUAAAUCUGGACAAUUUAAUCAAAUGAUAGAGGGAACAAAGGAUUUAUAUUAUACACACACACAGACACAGACACACGCAUAUAUAUAUAUAUAUAUAUAUAUAUUGUACAGGGUUUUUCUUAAAACUGUAUAAUUUUGUAAAUAUUUUACUUUUUUGUGUACUGAAACUACCAGCAUCUAGAUUUCCAUAUGAAUUCUUGUAUUUUUGUAUCUGGAAGAUUACAGUGAGUGAAUGAAGCUGUAAGAGAAAUUUCCAUAGCUUUUGGCACAGUUAGACCAGGUAGGAUUCCUUUUCAUAUGGUUUUAAAUAACAUUUUGUUGGCACACGGUUCAUCAAAGGAUAAAUGUCCUUGCUUCAAAGUAUUGACUUUUUUCAUGGAAAGGGAAGGGCAGCAACAGGAUUUAGAUAAUGAGGUUUUUCCCCCUUUUUUUAGUUUACAUUGGAUUACUUAAACCCACUAGUGACAUCUUAAAUGUGAUUUCUCAGCCCAGAAGCACAAAACUGAGUUGUGCCCCGGAACUCAUGUAUUGAAAGCAUACUAUUACGUUACUGAGAAUGUAAGUGAUGGACAGUAUAGUGGUAACUCGUUUAAUACAAAGGAGAAGGGAAAACUACUUCAAAGUGACCUUCAUUUUGACAUGGCUAUGGAUUUCCCUGUGUUGUAUAUUAGAACUUAAUAGGAUAUAAUUUAUGUUACUAGGUAGCUAUCUUCUGGUAACACUUUAUUUCUAGUUGAUGUGAAAUGGUCACUUCCACAUUCAUAAGCCAUAAUGGACAGCAUAAUAUCAUUACUAUACCUACCAAGUGACUUAAACUAUGCCUACCUAAAGUAAAAUAUUACCACAUGUGGCGUAUACCUCACUGACUAAGCAGUGUGUAACCCCUUUGCAGUCCAGAAGAAUGCCACAAAGGGAAUGAUCAGUGAAUCACCCCCUUAAAGCUUUACAGAUACUUAUGCUACUACUAUAUAAGCUGUCAGUUUAACUGUGGUGUAAAACUUUUUUUUUAAAGAAUCUUAAACAUAAGAAAGCAGCUUUGGAAACCUGAUUUGAAAAACAUAUGCCCACAUACAGUGGAGAUGCUUCUGCAGUUUUUAACAAAAUCAUGUGAAAAGGAAUAUUAAAUUCCUCUCAAUGUAUAGUAAACUUGUAUUAUAGUUUUUACAAGAUUGUGAACUUGUGUAAUAGUAUAUUAGGAGAUAUUGUUGGAUUUCUAACUGUUUAUACAUUUAAAUUCUUACAUGUAAUGUUUGUUUUAUUGAUUACACUGAAUUUCUAAGAUGCAUGUUGACUUUUUGCAAUAAAGAGAUAAUAUGGAAUGGUUUAAAAUUAUAAACAAAAAGGCAUAAAACAAUUUGAAUUGAAAUUUGAGAAAAAAAAACCCAUUCCAAAAAAUUAUAAUCAUGAGAA